GAGCUUUUUCGUUUUAUUGCGGUUCUGCUUGGGCGUUAUCGCCUGUGUUUCUAAUUAGAUUUUUGUUGCAGCCGCUAUGGGCCCGUGUAUCCGCAUUUAGUGCGUGUUGAAGUGACUCGUGCGCUAUCAAAUAGUGAUUGUUUUACACCGCGAGACGAUGUGACAGCGUCGAAUGGCUGCCCCUCCUCCACGCCGAAAUGUCAGCAGUAGGCCGCACAAGCAGCACCUGUCUCCUCUUCAGGUUCUGCUGCAAAUGGGAUUUCCAAAACACAGAGCCGAGAAGGCUCUUGCAGCGACGGGGGACAGGGGCGUGCAGUUAGCGGCUGAUUGGCUCUUAGCUCACGUCAAUGACCCCACCUUGGACGACAGCACCCCUAGAGAGUAUAUCCUUUAUCUCUGUCCGGUGGGACCGCUUCUGGAGCAGCUGCAGAAGUUCUCGCUCCAGUCUAUGCUGCAGUGUGGACGCAACGGUGCACACAACUAUCUACCGCACAUCACAUUGUGCUCUUUUUUCCAGGCUCCCGAUGAUGCUAUUGGACACCUUAGUCGAGCACUGCAGCACGUAGUGGAGAAGCUGAAAGUGGAACUUCCAGAGUCUAUUAAGCUCGAACAUUACACCUCACAAACAUUUCUCGGACUCUUUGUGGCCGAAGAACACAACGACGCGUUAAAAAAGCUUGCUGUUUAUUUUAUGCGAGAGGUGUCCGAAUUUAUUGUAUCCGAUAUCGGAGCACUGGAGGUGUUGGGCACUUGCUUCCCAUGGUGCUCGUCUUCUUAUGCUUCCCUUAGCAAGACUGCUUCGCGAAACAGGUGCAUCCAAGUGGAGCCCUACCUGAAGGCCCUGCAUAUCACGCUCGCAUACCAGUUUCAGUUGGAACAUUACGCCACAUUAGAAAAGCUUAGCCAAGCCAUCAACACCAAUGCUGCGACCUGCUGGGAACUCAGGCUGUAUUCGCGCGACACCAGGAUAAAGGGUUGUGAGGUCCACAAAGUGCUGUACUCGCAUGUGCCAAAGGAGCCUGAUGAGCUAGAACUUCUCAUUGGUGACUUUGUGUAUGUGAGCGGAGAGCACCUUGGUGCGGCCACCGAUGGCUGGGUGGAGGGCACUUCGUGGCUCACGGGAGCCACGGGUUUCUUGCCCAAGAACUACAUUGAGCGGACAGCUGAGUCGGACGCCUGGACUCUGCACAGGUCCAUAACAAUAGUGAAGGAUGUCUUCAUUGAUGGCCUGGACGAUGGCGUGCUCCAAAGAAGGCCGGCAGUGGCAGCAGCCCAAGCUCCACCAAGCCCUCAGGUGUGUCCCAAAGUACCAGUAGUCCCAGUAGCUCCAGCAUCACCUGUAGCAGCAGCGGUUGUACAGCCAGGGCCUCCGCAGGUAGCAGAAAGGGAGGAAAAGGUCACCACUCCAUCAAAGGAGAUUAUCUACGAGAACCUAGGAUUUUUAAAUCAAGCAGCAAAGCAGGAAAGCACCAAGGUCAGCACGAGUCCACGAAAGCUCUACGUUGCUCGACAUGCAGAGCGAGUCGAUUUUACAUUUGGAGCCUGGCUGCCGAUCUGCUUUGACGCAGCUGGAAACUACACGCGCCGGGACUUAAACAUGCCAGCCGUGGUACCCGAGAGGAAAGGAGGCUACAUGGACUAUGCUAAGGACUCGCCUCUGACUAAUAUUGGCCUGUAUCAGGCUACACUGACAGGGAAUGCUAUGUGUGAAAGUGGCGUCACGUUCAGUCAUGUGUUUUCAUCUCCAUCUCUGCGCUGCAUACAGACAUGCACUAAUAUACUAACAGCGUUGCACUUCGAAGACAUGCUGAUCAACGUGGAACCUGGGUUAUUUGAGUGGCUCGCCUGGUACCCUGAAGGCACGCCAGCAUGGAUGACACCUGCUGAGCUGAAGGAGCAAGGGUUCCACAUCAACCUUGACUACAAGCCGCUCAUCGAACCUGAGGAACUGAAACACAAAAAAGAGUCUGUUGACCAGUACUACAUGCGGAGCUUCUAUGUUGCUCAAAAUGUCCUGAAGAGGACAGCGCAGGAAGGUGGAAAUGUGCUGCUUGUUGGCCAUGCGGCAACCCUGGAGACAUGCACUCGCCAGUUGACAGGUCGUAAGCCUCGGUCAGCCACAGAGCUUGUACAGCUGGUUCACAAGAUCCCGUACUGUGGUCUGUGCGUGGCCCAGGAGGUUCCAAACUGUGGACCCCAGGCUGCUGCAGACGGCACCACUGGAGGCACCGGCUGGGCACUGGUGGCGCCUCCUAUCCCUCCUUUGACCCACAGUGCCAACACUCGUUUUGAUUGGCGCUGCAUGCUUUCCACAUGAUUGAGCUGCAUGGGCAAUGCUGCUGGGUGGCGUAGGAGUCAGCCCCGAGGGGCACUUUCACUCACCAGGUGCGAAGAGAAGGAGUGGCCGUGCCGCCAGAGCAAAGUGUUCAGGGCCGGUUCGCAAGGCAAGAUGCAAAGGUGACACAUCUUUACAACUUGCCGUUCGCAAACCAUCAUUGCACCGGUGCACUAUUAUGCAAAUCAUCGAAAGGGGCUAAUGUCAACAACCUAGUGUUUUCAGAAACAGGAGGGCAUGUUAACCAAACUGAUGUUGGAUCGCACUGGUCAGUCUGGAGGAACAACCUCUUAUGUCCAGAUUUUCCAUAUUGGCACCUGCGAGAAAAACAGUGCAAGAAAAAAAGUUGCACACAAGGAAACACACAAACACAGCUGUGACUCUACCCUUGUCUUCGUCAUUUCUAGCACAUUUAGCACUAUAACCAUAAUGUAUUGCCCAUAAGCCCAAGCUACUAGAGCUGCCAUGGGAACACAAAGUGCUCCACUUCAGAUCACAGCUGAGGUUGUUACAACCACCCAGUUACCAAAAUGGUGUAUACUUUCCACCGGGCUUGUUAAAUGAUUCAAUGCCGUUGUUGCCGGGUAGCUUAAUUUGCUCAUCAAAUUACUUGCUGCUAAACGAAGCCUCAAGACAGCCCCAAGCACAGCCAGAUAUCAUACAGUAAAGCACAAUGUUGCCCAGUGAUGCUUUACAUACAGGGUUGAAUAAGAACAAACUAAUCCUCUCAGCAGCCCAAAGCAGUGAAGUCCUCCCUUGAAGCUCUGUCUGGACAUGUGCGUAGACAGCAGAGCAAGAACGAGCGAUCUUCCGUGGAGCUAUAUUCGGUGACAACCUAAGAAUUCAGCCUGAGCUGCACCCACAAUACUGCAGUGAACCUGCCCUCCAUGCCUCCGCUCUUCUAAUCAUUUAGCCCGAGAAAGGUGAAGCCAGCGCUUGUCCCGAGUUCUUCUCUGAAAGAGAGCCACACGAGUUGAAGCCUGCUCACAACUUAAGGGCUAUUUCUUUGCUAAUGUAAAUUCUAGGCUCAUUGAGAAAUAAAAACGCAUUUCUAUCUAAAAUAUUACUUUUGGCUGAGUCCUGAUAUUGUGAGCUCCCAUAAAACCGGACAAGAUGUUCAAGUUUCAUCCUAAAACCAGUGACAUAAAGAUAGGUCUGUGCAGUGAAAUCAGCCAUCUUACGGGAAAAUGGAAGUGCUUGAUAUCACGGAAAUGAAUAAACAUAAUUGGCUAGCACAUCUAUAGGAAAUCUCUUCGAGUUGGGCAGCCUUGCAUAUGCCACUGCAUGUUUAGAUUCUCGCCGACUGUGGUUGGUCAAAGACGACCAUAAAAUAAUGGGAACCAAGUUGACCAGUCCAGUCGACCAGUCUUCUCUGCCGUGGCUAAAUAAGUCACUUACUGCAGACUGGCCAGUUAAAUUCAUAGCAAUACAGUACCGCAGAUGCACUCUGGCUGUUGAAGGCCAUUGUAGAACUUGAAAUAUAUUCAUAAAAAAACAAGGAGUGGAGCGACCACUGGUGGACAGAGUGAAUCCACUGCUCUGGGAACAAAUAGAUCAUGAUAAUGCAUUUGCAGCUACACACAGCUGCAACUGGCCUUUAAUUGCAUGCAGGUGCCGUCUAGUGCAACAACGAUGGCUAGGUCAAUCAACAUUAAGUCUGCACAUGUGAUAUGGGUGUAAGGUGGUUAAAAGUAAACUUUAGUUUUGGUCUCGGGGCACAGCUGUCUUCGGAACACCGGGCUCAUAAUACAAUUGCUCUCUCAACAGUGUAUGUGUAUAUAGCAAGCUUUUGUGCUUGAGCCGAAAUAUCAUUCAUUGGGCACCUCAGUACUUGCUUCUGUGCUAAUAAGAGGGUAAUGUAUUAGUGCUCUCAUUAAAAAUGGAUUAAGCAUUAAGCAAGUUUCAGAAACAUGUACUGAGCCACAAUGGCCCAAAUAUGAGAAAAGGCUUUGAAAUAUGUGAUGUCACACUGACAUACCAGCGCUUGGGUUUUGGCACGAAAUUCUAAAAAUUAAGCUUUGACCUUAAUUUUCUCUUCUAGUAAUCAACCUCUUACCAUGAAAUUAAAGAAAAUAUAACUUUGAGAUAAUACUUCCUCUGUCUAAACUGAUUCAGUGUUUUUCUUUAGUGCCUCUUUAAUUACCUGCUGAAAUGAGUUAAUUUUUAUAUCAGCUACUCAGGGGUGUCCUGAAGAUGAUGGUGCCCAACGGUUAAGUCUGAAAUGGCUCGUAUGUAGCAUAGUGACAGGGAGUUGGCACGUACUGCUAAGGUUGUCUGGGUGUUUCACAUCACUGUCAUUGUCAUCAUCAGCCAUCUUGAGGAGAAACCUGUGCCAUAUCACAGUUUCAGUCGGCACCUCUCCUGUCUGUAACUGUAGCGAGAGAGUACAGUGGAAUCUCAGUUAUGAUCUUUUGGAAGUUAUUCGAAAAUGUCAUUUACCUUGGCACUACCCCAGCAUCAAGGAUGUUGACUUGAAAUACUGCUGUCAUGCUGAACAAGCAAAACUGGGCUGCCGAGCUGCCCUGUGUUACAGUGAGCUGUAUAGGGGCAGCGUGCUCACUUCAGUGCAGUUGUAAUGGAGAGCGCUGCGACUGUGAGUAUCAGCGUCAAGUGUUUUGCUCAUGGUGCACCAUGUGUUGCAUCGGUUUAACCAGUGUAGCUUUAGUGGUAGCUACGAUCGCUCCGUGUGUAGGUGUGUUUGUGCUGUGACCAGCCAGGACAUGCUUUAGUUUUUCCUGUGCGUGUAAGAUGUUAACGCAUUGAUAUGUUGUUCCAAAAUUGUAGAGUGUAGUUAAGUUCGGCCAACGAUGACACGGAGACGCCAGAACCACUGCGGCACGCCAGGCUGGGUGUACUUUCCACUUAUUGGGUGCACUUUGCACCUUGAAACUUUGACAAAGUAUGCUAUGAAAUGUUACAUUGUGGCAAUGCUCCACUAUUGUGCAAACGUGUGAACUCGGGCAGCUAAGAAAAAUGAGAGAGGCUAAACAUUUAAAGUUGAGCCGCUCUUGAAACUCUGCAGAUGAAUAUUUGUGUUGUGUACUGUCCGUUGAGUAAAUGUACAGUCAACCACACGAUUUUAUGGAACACGAGUUCGGAGAAAAAGCUGAAUAUCUGCACAGCAUCACAACGCAGCCUAGUGUUCGCAUUUACAGCAUCUACUAGUAUAUGUGAACAACAUUGUGAUGUUCGGUUUUACUGAUUACUAUUCCAGGCUGCUUAAAAAUUCAACGUUUUCCCGAGAUUCAGUGGCCCGUAAACUUUUGUGGGUGACUGUACCUUUGAAGGAAUAGUCUCUCUCCCUCACAACAGCACUGAAGCAGACCGCAUUUGUUUUUCAUCUCUACAUUUGAUGCACAUAUAUUAGGCCACCUUGCAGAAUAACAUACGAGCAGCCAUUUCCGACUUCAGAAUGUUAGUGCCAUAAUUUAAACAUACCAACUGUAUCUUAAUAGAGGUGAACUGACUUUGGAUUGAGCUUGAAAUUCAUAGCAGUGGAUUCACAGCAUUGAAAGGAAAAGAAGCAAACAGGUAGUGCAAGCUCACCUUUAUAGAAGCAAGGAUUGCAGUAAGAGCAAAAAUUCAAAAGGGUUUGUUCAAUUCACACAUUAUCAGUUCACUGCACCACAGCCACUGCCUCUUGAACAAAAUCUUACCUUUGCGCCGCUGUAACCGAGGUUCUCAAUAGCGGCGUGGUGCCACCCUUUAGGGAACAUUUGUACCUGCUGGUGGAGUACUAUGGCUGGCAGGCUUGUACAGUGUCUUGCAGUGUCAUUAGCAGCACACUUAAGGAUGCUCUAGAAAUGUGUACGUGAACCUGCAUGUCAUUGCACCACGAGAGGCAGUGUACACACCAGGGCCACUCUGUGAUUACAGCGAGCAGGCAACACGCCAGCGUUCGACUGGAAGGCACACGUGGCGCACUGGAUCAGCACUGCCAGAAGUGCUCCGGUGUAGGUGCAUAGACCACGCGUGAAUCUUAACAGACCAAAGCAUGUGGGUAUUGGUUUAACAUGUAACUAUAAACCAAUACCGCAUGCUUUGGUUACGUACAUGUUUUUUGUGUACUUCCUCACCCAUGCGACUACAGACCUUUCACGUUUUGCAUCGCUCCGAGCUCGCGCAUUAAUGUCGCUCCCUAUGUUUGCACAGAUGGAAGAACAAUAAUUUGACGUACGACCUCGAUAUAAACCUAGAAAAUAAAAAAUAGAGAAAACAUUUCUAGUCUACAGUGCGUCUGCCAAGCUCUUAUGACAUCGUUCUCAAGGUUCCACUGCUGUGGGGAGCCUGCGAAAACAUGGCAUUCAUGAAGGCUCCCUACACAGUACUCUGUACCCCACAUUGCACCCGCAAUUGGCACCACCUCGCUCCUUCGUUUUGAUGUAACAUCAGCGCUUUCACUCUCGCAGUGCCUCUGAGCACGCUACCUCUAUUCUUGCUCACUGCACCUCUGUAGACUGCUAGUCUUAAGAAGAUUGAGCUUUUUUUUUUCAUACAAACUUUUCUUUAAUGAAGGUACCUGAGAAGUCUUUCUUGUUUACCUUGCCUAACAGAAGCACUAAAAAAUACCACAGGUGCGGUUGCACACUUCAUUCAUUUUUUUUUUUUUCAAUAUUUGUCGUUUCCAUGCCAGUUCAUUGUGAGGUUUGUGACAUGGAUGAAACUGAGUAGCUAGUGUUCGAGCGUAUGGCAGUGUUGCAUCAACAUUCGUUAUCAUAAGCUUGACUAUUAAAGUUAUGACUUGGAUUCCACUGUAUUUCUCAAUCCAUAACCUGUAGACAUUUAGAAACAACUGUUUCGGAAAGUUUAGAGGGCUGAAACAUUAUCUAUUAACUGCACCCUCGACCAAGUGGCCAGAAACAUGCUGCUUCAGCACUGGCUGCAGUUGUUGCACUUUCAGACGUAUGACUGCUUGCGACAAAGCCUCUAGACGCAGAGUCGCAAGAUAGCAAUUGUCAGUGAUGUAAAAGUAGUUUUUACUAUUGUCAAGCCAGCUACUGCCCGAGCACCAACCUCAUUCAACGGAGUGACAAACAGACAUUCAAUGAAUCGCUGAAGUAAUGAGCUUUACUGAUGAAUCCAAGGUUUCCUGUGCUCAAGGAUUUUUGACGCUGUUUUUGUGUAGUUGUAGAUGCCAUGUGAAGAUGUUGCUGCUGUUUCAGUGGUGGAACUGCUAUGAAAGCUUUGCAAAGUUCCACCACUGCUGUUGUGGGGAACAAGGUACCGCAACUAAAGUGAUCAUUUUUGGAGGUCUCCACUUUCAGCAGUUGCACUCUGCCUACACUCGUAAGAGCUCUGUGUCCAGACAAGCAGCACAGUGCCGUUCACUGUUAACAGGAGCAUGUGAGCAUGUGGCUCAAACUUUUGGAGACGCGUGAACUUUAGUUCCCAGCAGGAGCAGUGCCGAUGCACCACGCUGACGACCUGGCUUUAAUUUUCGACACCUGCUUGUCUGCUGCAAGUCAUCUGCAGCCAAUCCAGGUCUCCAAAAUUGCUACAGAAGGGAAUUGGCUUGCGCCACACACACUUGCAUGUUCACAUAAGCAGUGGGCCACACUGUACAGGCAACACCGAUACAAAAGGGAACACCUAAAUCAAAUGAUGAUUACUACACAAGUACAAAUUAGAGCAUGAAGACUUGUUGGUGCAUUCUAUAUGGGGCUAUAUGGGGCUAACGAGAAUCCAAGGUGGCCAAAAUUAAUCCAGAGCUCUCUGUUACGCCAUCUCUCGUAGCCAGACUAUUGCUUUGGGAUGUUAAACCAGAUGAAUCAAUUAGCAGUUUAAAAUGCAAAUCAGGUGUUCCCUCUCUGUUGGUCCACUAUGUACUUAUGUCGCCGUUUCAUUGCAAGCCGUGAAAGCUGGCUGUAUUCCAUGCUUCUGAAUGUGACGUUGUAGUGGGCCACUGAAUUGUUUUGAUGGGUACUUGGGUGUCGGAAGUUAGUGGCUUUGUUUGACUGCUAACAACCCACUUGCGGUGCUUAUUGAUGUAUGGAGUAAAGGUGCAUGUCUGCCUAUUUUAAGAAACGAAAUGACGCUAUUCACACAUUUUGCUACAUGUGGAAGCAUCUAAGAUGUGCAUUAACUUGGAAGCUUUUCUCUUUGUUCAUGCGUAAUUGUGCAUCUGGGCCAAAGUUGGCCUGUCUACUCCAUGCUACUUUAAGGUGGUAACUGUCACUGCAGAUUGAGGUCGGACUGAGAAGUGCUGUUAUUUUUAAUAUACUGUACUUGCCCAAAAGGCUGCAGUUAUGCUAAAUUUUCCGGUUACUGCUUUAGAUGUACACAUCACUCGGACCAGACUUGUUGGAAAUGCUGUGAUGUAGGCAGAAAGUUAUGUAAUAGUUGAGUGAGUGCUAAAGCCAUUGACAAAAGAGCUGCCCUCUAUGCAAAAAUUUUAUUGUAUGACUAUAGCCUUCCCCCCAAAAUUGCUGCACUGAAUUGAUCUUUGACUUGCUUAGUCAUGUGACAGAUUGAUUUGUCAGAACAGGGCUAUCAUUGUGUAAUUGGCGCCAAAUGGAACAAACAAGGGCACAGACAUCAGAAUCUGUACCAGCUAGCCAAAAUUUCAGUUCUUCAGGACAGAGAACCUAUUUUUCUGUGCAAUGUUAAGGCACAAUCGUUGCCAGUGCCAAGCAUAGUCAUGUGCAGCCCCAAGAAGCUGCGUAAGAAAAUAGAAACACAUACCUUACCUGCAGACAAGGAAAUUACAUGUUCUUCAUGGCCAGUUACCUGUGCAACUUGCAUGACAUGAAGUCACUAUUGGCCAAUAGGCAUGCUGUGGUUGCUUUUGCUCACCGUCAGGCUUUAAGUUAUCCUUAAACUGCUCUGGUCAUACUUGUAGCCAUACUUUAAAGUUGUACUUCCGUGCUUUCUUUACUUCUGCAGUUAGCAUUUAAGUCUUCAUAGGUUGUGUUGAAGCAGCUGCCUAAAUCCUCUAGUGAACACUUAAGCUGCAUGAUUGGUUGCAGAGGAAACUCUCAUCCACAGCCGUUAGAAGUGUUGCAGUGCGUUUGAGAACUUUUGGCUGAAGUCAUGCUUUAACAGUGGAGCAAGGGAGGGUGAUUUACCAUGGAGCUAGUUGAUAAAAGACAAGUGCAAAACACGGAUUCACUCUAAAUCGACCAAUAGGGAACAAAUUCUUGACCACAGAGUGUUUCAAAACGUGCUCCAUAUCGACAAUUCGGAUUCGCUUUUAAUAGUAGCACCGAUCCAGCAGCAUACAACUUACAUUCGGCCAACACUGAUGAUAGUUUCUGACAAUGACAUGCCACUGGAUAUUUUGUGCACCGGAUGCGAGAAGAGAAUGACCAUUGCUCACAAACAUUUGUAUGAGGCACACUGAGUGUUGGCAUUAUGUCACCCACCCUGGUGUGACGAGUUACCUUUUGCACAAGCUUUCCAUUUGUGAUUGUUGAUUUAUAUUAAAGCAAAUGUUUUGGCAACUGAACAGCUCCGCAGGCUUUUGCAGUGUACACGGCUGUUCGAAAAACAUAUGGAGCCAUGGUGACGAUCUUUCCUACGCAUGCACGAAGCAAUGAACUCGCGGGGUCAGCUUACAUGCGUGCCAUACUUUGUCUGAAACCAUAACAAAGCUAUGCUGACGUUUUCAGUUAGUUCUUCAGGCUUCUUUAGGCUUGAAAUGACUGAAAUCAUUCGGCUUGAUUAUCAGCACAAGAAAAGCUGUAGCCACAUCCACUAAGUGAGAAGAAAUAAAUUCCCUUGUGGUGAUGCUGUGAAUAAUACGGGUGGUUUCACACCGAGAAAAUCAUGAAAGGAGGUGCAGGUGGGCAGGGUUCAUCAACUGGUGAUGUGGCACAUAUGGUUGUCGUACUUGGUUGUCAUGACAACCACAAUGAUAUGAUGGCAGAGUUGCUUUUCUACCUUUUUAGCUACCAAAUGAUAUCACCACACAUUGAGCUCCAAGUUGCUCGAAGCAUUUGCAACUUUUUCUGGCUGUGUCAAGGAAAGGGGGUUUCUAUCCUGAAUGUUUCUUGCAUUGUGGUCACACCCUGUCAUCUUCCCCCACUGCUUGAGUUCAGCUUAGAGCUGAAAACUGCAAGUUGUUUUUGUUGCAGUGUGCUUUUGUGAAAAAACUGUGCCAUCGUAUGAAAGUUUCCUUUCCUCUGUUUAGGGACCUCUUGCUAUUCAUGAGGGGUUUGGUGUUGUAGUCCUGUUAUUUUCUUCUAGGAGAAGGUACCUUCAGUGAAUUACGAAUUGCUGUUGCCUUUGUUUUCUCUUGCAUGUAGCCCAUCGUUAAUUUAUUUUUGUGUAAAUACACAUCUUGUGCCGUGUGUGCCGAAAACCUUGUGUACAGAUUGUAGAGGUGUACAAUGAAAAAUUGUUUUGGGCAGAGGGCAACUUAUAAAUCAUGUACUUGAAAUUCUAUGUGUGCAACUUCAAAAGCAAGACAGUUUACCAUUAAAUUAUUUCUUGUUAUCAUGG